AUGUACAAUCUCAGGCAAUUUAGAUAUACGGAGAACGUCCGCAAGAAACAACCGUCCGGCUCGGAGACGAAGCUCAGGGAGACCCAGAGCCGUUCGCUGAUUCCGCCGCCGUCUCGUCGUAUCGGGGAGUACGGUCGUCUCAGCGAGGGCACCCUGAGGAAGCAGACAGGCUCUCGCGGGCAGAGCACCGGAAGCACCGUCAGCAGCAAGAGCGGAGGACGCGACUCAGGAGGAACCGCCAGCAGCGAAGCGUCCACCUCCUCGUUGCCGCCUUCGAAAGCGAGAUCAAUACCGCGUCCUAGCAAUUAUCGCAUCCAGUUUUAAUUUUCGCCACGAACGGGGUUGUUAGUCUUCCCGGUUUUAAAGCGUUCCUCGAAGCGACGAUCUUCCGAAGGAAAGAUAUACUACUGUUUUCCGUAUCUUAUCUUCCACGCGUAGGGAUUGAAUCGUUUGUUCUUUCUUUUUUAUGCAUACUGUGCGUCACAAGAUGAACUCUGGUGGAGCAACCUUGUUUUUCGAUCUGACUGUCACAGCUGGAACCAAUUUGAGGAAUGUUCGCUAAAGCUGCAACUUUAUUAUUGUUUGACCGGGGCUCAUGUUGUGACGCGCGAACUAUACUUGUUCUAUCGUUAUUUAGUUUCUCUUCCGGGUUAUGCUCAACGCUACAACGUUGUUCCGAGGUGGAUCUUGGAGAAACAGGGCAGGAUAGCGUGAAACGCUUGCGAGCGAUGAACGAUGCAAGAUCUAUAGUGAGGGGAUCAGCUUCGAGCGCGUUUGCUUUAUUUUUUUGAUAGUUCGAUAGAGUCCUAAUGUACAAUCUCAGGCAAUUUAGGUUUGCCUUAGUUUAAGGGGAGGUUAGGAGAGGAAUAUGUUGAGUUCUUAGAUUAUCUCUAGGUUCUCAGGUUUUGCCUAGGUUCUUCCAAAAUUGAAACUACAUGAUGAGACUUUUCAUAUAACCUUUUCAGCAACGAAUAUUUUAUUAGUUAUUUAAAAUGGAAGUCUGAAUAAGAUGUAUAGGGUGUGCUAAUAAAAGAUAUACCUUUUAAGUAUGUAUAUAAGAUGAUAGUAAACUUGAUAAGAAAAAAAUGGUAGUAAACAUUAUUAAACAUACUAAAAUGGUAAAUAUAGUAGAUAUAUCAACACAUUAAUGUUAAUAGUGGUCAUUUUGAGUGUUUAUGAUUUUAAGAUAGUCAACACCAUUUCAAUUUAACUUCUAUUUUACUUUAUUUAUUAAAUUAUUACACAGUGUGUAUAUUUUAUUGGAACACCCUGUAU